CUGAACCCCGUCACUCUCCAAGAAACUAAAUCGGAGUGAAAAAAAAUAAGAAAAAAGAGUUGAAACUUAUAACCCGCAGAUGUAAAAUCCCCAAAUUCCGAUUUCAAGCCCUAACCCUAGCCCCACCCCAAUUUCUUGGUCUAGAUCUCCUAAAACCAACGCCUUUUUUAGAAUCUUGUUCUCGUUUCUCACUCCAGAGGCCAAGCAAUCAAAUCCUUUAAAGUCUCUUCCUUUAAUCGUCUGUACUUUAAUAGAAUUUGUAAGCUUUCUUCCUUUUUUUCUUCUUCUUUUUCGCUUACCCUAUGAAUCAUCCUCGGUUUCGUCGUGAUUGAUAUCAGAUUUUUUAAUAUUAUUCACAUUGGUUCGUGGUAGGCGAGUGUAUGGCAAAGAGUAGUUGAGAAUUAGGGGGGAAACAAAUUUUAAAGGGUAAAUGACACUAUAUAUUAGCAAUACGUUUAUAUAAAUAUAUAGGGAUUAUAGUUUCUCAUGAUCGUUACUUACAAAGAGGGAGGGUGUAGUGGUGGGUAGGGAUGGGAAGCUCAGAAACAGAAGAAGGGAUAGUUGAUUGUGGUGUUGGGUGCAUUGUUUGGGUCCGGAGGCGAAAUGGAUCAUGGUGGCCAGGUAAAAUUCUUGGUCCAGAUGAACUUUUAACCUCCCAUGUGAUGACACCACGAUCUGGAACUGCAGUGAAGCUUCUCGGAAGGGAUGAUGCAAGUGUGGAUUGGUACAAUUUGGAAAAAUCAAAGCGUGUGAAGGCUUUCAGAUGUGGUGAGUUUGACGACUGUAUUGAACGAGCAGAAGCUUCUUUAGGUAUGCCUCCAAAGAAAAGAGAGAAAUAUGCUCGUCGGGAAGAUGCAAUAAUUCAUGCUCUUGAACUUGAAAGGCAAUUGUUGGAUGGAAAAAAUGGGAUAACAAAUAACACGUGUAUUGGCAUGGUAAAUAAAUCACCAGAUGACACUGUAAGAAGAGAGGUAGUAAGAUCUUUAGAAUGCUUAGAAAGUAAAAAUAAAAAACAGUUAUCCAUGAAAUCUCAUAAAGCUUCGGAGAGAUUGAGUGCCCCUGUUAAGGAGGAGAUGAGAGUGUGUGGAGAUGUGGGCCAAAAGGGAACCCAACUUAGUGGCGAUAGUAAUUAUUCCAUUUUGCCUCCCAGGAAGAGAGGUUUGCUGGAGUUUGGGGUUAGUACCUCCCUUUCGGAGCAUAAUACUUCUCCAGUUGUUUCAAGCAGUCUCAACAAAAUAAUCUCUGAAAAUGAUGGAAGUCCAAACAAAGGACUCAUUAGUUCUGCCAAAGAGAGUUUGCAUCAUGUCGAAGUGUCAAACAAUAUUGAUGAAUCAUCAGUUUUUUACCCUCAGCCUGAUAGUAGUAGUGCUUUUACCUCAGAAGGGGAAAAGUUGGGAGUUCCAUACCAUGCCGCAAAGAAAGGAAGGUAUGGUUUUCAUGAAGAUGAUUCCAGACAUUGCUUGAAUGGUAAUAAGGUAUAUCUUCCCACCACUCAGACAGUUAUCUCAACUUCAAAGUUGGAAGAAAGUGACUGCCCUAACCAAGAUGAGUCAUGUGUAGAAAAAACUUCUGGGUCUACAGAGUGUACUGAAACUGAUUCCUGCGAGACCAAUACGGAGGAAUCGGAUUCAGGUGAGGAUAUUGUAACCAUUUCAGAAGGUGCUGCAUCUAUAGAAUUACGACCUAAAUUUUCGGGAAGAUCUCGAGCACAGGUCAAACGGGGUAGCACAAGUAGUGAAUAUUCUGAUGAUUUAUCAGGAGCAGAUUCUCAUCCUUAUCAUAGCCAUACUGUCCCCUCUUGUGUUGGGGUGUCAAAAUGGCUACUGAAAGGGAAAAGGAAUAACCGAGGGUUUGCUAAAAGAUCUCUGGACCCUACAUAUGAGGAAAAUCAUUUCAAAAGGCCUCACUAUAUGACCACAGGUCCUGUUCAAAAGAAAUGUUAUGGCGCUAAUGAAGCUAAUUCAUUGAUGAAAUCUUCUAGAGUUAGUUUGGCUGCGUAUGGAUCUAGAGGGGGUGGUACCUGUUGGAAUACUGCCAAUUGGGGAGACUUGUCAUGGAUAAACUCUGAGGAGGAGUACCUUGGUCCUUCAUAUAAUAACUAUCACCAUCUAGGUCGUCCCAGGCCAAGUAUGCUCAUAGAAGUAGACUUAAAAGUCCAAGCCGGCUACAAGAGGCAGCCUGUGCCUUUGAUUUCAUUAACUAGUAAGAAAUCUGGGCAUGCGAUAGUGGGGCACCCUGUGAAAGUUGAAGUGCUUGACAAGGACAUCGUUGAUGAUAUUCUUUGUGCUGUUAAUGAUAUAUGUCCAGAAACGUUAGAUGAUGACUCAUCACUCCAACCCACGUGGAGGACUGCUCGUAGGACAACUGGUGCUCGCGUUCCCCGUCAUCAUCCAUCAUCAUCAUCAACAACUAAGCGCAACAGAAAUACUAGAAAAGCCACAGGCUUUGGUCAGAACACCGCAAGUAGUAGUGGUAGUCUGGUGAAAAAGAAGAAGAAGAACACAUCACAACAGCCUCUUCCAUUAGACAAGAAGAGUCUGACUAAAAAGUCCCUGAGAAGCAUAACAUUCCCGUCCAAUCAUCAGAAGAUAAGAACUCUCUCAUCAAUUGCCUCACAGCAGAAACAGAGUAUUGAUGUGAAGCGUGGUGGCUUCAAAAGAUUUCAAGUGGAUGGUCUAUUAAUCAAACAAGGAAGUAUGCCCACGGUGGCGUGUAUUCCAGUUAAGUUGGUAUUCAGCAGAUUAAAUGAGGAUUUGGUGGGCCGUAUCCUUAGCUUGGUCUUCUGAAGUGACCAGUAAUUAUUACUAACAUGUAGUAAUUUACAAGCAAUAAUCUCAUGUCACGUCUGAUAAAAUCCACGAGGGAUCCUCAUCUAUUGCUGGGGGUCCAUGUUGUCCAAAUGCUAUCCAUUUUUUUGUUAUGUGAAUUGGGGGAUGUCAAGUGUAGAUGGUUGUUGCUUAGGAGCCAUGUCACCUGUAAUUUCCGUGUUUAGGCUACAAAAACAAUCCACUGGUGCCUUGAUGCACACAAUAUACUUAUAUAGGUACUUAAGAUCUCUUUUUCCAUUUCCGUGUAGUUUGGUUUUCUUGCCACACCAGGAUGUGGAAUUACCCAUUCUCAUAUUUAGUUAGGUAUAGGGGCUGAUAGCGUUGGACCUAAUUUUAAUUCCAAGACCGGACUCCACCGGAACCAGGAUGGUAAAAGAAAUGAACAGAGAUCUACUUUCUUGGUCCCUUGCCGGUUUUGAUUCAGAACCGGAACCAGUUUACCUAGUUGGGGUUCUGGUUCCCCCUUACUCGCAACCAGGGUGGGUGCAGCCCUAAGCAUGAACGAUGUAGAAUGUCCAUUUGGUUACUGCUCUAUUAUGCUAAGAUAAGAUUAUCAAUCCUUGUGUUGUUAUAUUAUUUCAGGAAUAGAAAAGGAACUAUCAAAUGAUUGAUCAAGGGAUAUACGUCUGUGGGUUACUUGAUGUAAGAUAUUACUCCGUAACACUUGCGUUUAAGUAGGUCAAGAGUGAUGGGAUCAAACAAUGACAGAGCAAAUACGUGGAGUAUAUAUAUCCUCCGAACACAAAUUUCCUUGACAUCAGUUUUAAUUUGCAAGAUAAGACUACGUUAAAUGGACUUUUUGGCUAAUUGAAAUCCAAACACGUGGGUAUAUAUUACACAGCAUUACUUUUGAGAUAUUGGGAUACUGAUGCACAAAUACAGUUUUGUGUAUUCGUUUGUGAGUGAUAACUUAUUUAGAACGGCUUGUACCCCACCCCAUAGGGUUGUAGCAACACUUAAUUUUUGUACGAUUGGAAUUCACUUGAAAUCCUGCAAUAUUAACUCAAUAUAGUUUGUUUUUAGAUAUAUUACCAACCUUUGUUUAAACAAUAAUAUGAAUGUACUCAAG